AUGAAGAAGAUCUUCAAGGGCCACUUGCCUUGGGGCUUCCUUGGCUUUAGGCAUGUCAGCACUGAGAACCAAGAACAAUCCAGGUACCUUACUGGGUACAUACCUGUGAAGAAGAUCCACAAAGCUGCGAGCGUCGGGGACAUAACGGAAGUGCAGAGGAUGCUCGAAUUUGGGCAUGUUGACGUGAACAUUACAGACCGGAAGAAAAGGACUGCUCUGCACUACGCCUGUGCUCAUGGCCAGUCAGAAAUGGUGUCCCUCUUGCUGUGGUACGACUGCAACAUUGAAGCCCGAGACUGUGAGGACAGCACAGCUCUGAUCAAGGCAACACAACGCCAGCAUGAGGAAUGUGUCAAGAUUCUACUGGACAAUGGCGCUGACUCAAAUGCCAUCGACACCUAUCAGAACACUGCCCUGCACUACUCGGUCUACAACAACGACACCGCCAUCGCUUCCAGACUCCUGGCAUUCAACGCAGACACUGAAAUCAAGGCAAAGAAUGGCUACACGCCCCUUAUACUCGCUGUGCUAGAAAACAGAGAGGAGAUGGUGGAACUGUUGUUACAGGCCGCGGCCAAUAUAAACGCCCUGGAUAACUGCAAGAGGUCCCCCCUCAUACAUGCUGUGAGAGCUCAGUUCAAAAAUAUGAUCAGCCUUCUUCUCCAGCAAGGUGCUGAUGUAUCUUUGAUGGAUGUCUAUGGAGCGACUGCACAAAGUUACACCGUUUUUGAAACCUUUCAAGUGCUUUCCAAAGGACCAAGUUCCAGUCAUCUUGAGCCUACAUCAGAAAUGGAUGAACAUAAUUUUGAUGCCAAGGAUGACUGCACACCCUGCACACACCCCAUGCAGGACAGGGAAAGAAUGGAACAGUUGCCAGCAAAGGAAGAGGAAAACACAGACACAGUGGACCAACUGGGGAGCCUCGCCCACAGACCUAGAACUCCCGAGCCUGCAACAGAAGAUGAUGGAUGUAUCUUCAGCUCCAAGACUCCAGUGAUCCAGUCACCCAUGUUCACCGAAGCCAACCUCUGGAUUGGGUAUCCGGCAGAUUGGCCGGAACCCGUUAAGUUCUCCAGGCAACCAGCGGUCUACAACCCAAUCGAAUGGAGGGAAGACAUGAAAUCCCAGUCUGUUUCUCUAGAGGAAGGCAAACAUCCGACGUCAGUGUUGUUGGGAAAUGCACAGACACAUGAGUGGCCAGCCAGGGUUUCCAAGGAAGCUGGUGCUAAUGAUUCUGAUCCUACAGAGAAAGAGAAUGCUAAGGAUGAUCUGGUGUCACUUUCAGCUCCUCUGGAGGAAAACAAACUACAGAGGAAAGAAUUUUCAGUAACAGAAGCUGCCAAGUUACAGACAGAUGCCAAGCUGAAGAGACAAGGUGUUUUAAGAUAUGAAGAAAUGGGACUGGAAACUUGUCAAGAAAGCAAUCUAGAAGCAGCUGAAAGUACUGAAUCCUGCUCUGUGCUAAGGUUCUCCACCAAACCUGAUCGUAGUGACCCUGAGACCACAGCAAGAAAGGACAAAUGUAAUUUUGAUACAAAGGUAAAAAUCUUUGAGGAUAAGUUAGAGAAACAUCUCUUGGCACAGAGAGCAUCCUCGGGUCAAGCCGAGCAGAGCCCCGCACCUUUACCACUCCAAGAGCAAGCGGAGGAGCCGGAGACGAACGCGGCUUCUGACGGAGAAGAUACGUCUGGACAUUCAAGAUCUGCCGAGGGGCAAGUGCUCAGAGGAGAAAAACUGGAGGGCAAAGAUGCUCUACAACUUGUUGUAAACCAGAAACCUCGCGAGAUUCGGGAAGCUGUCACAAUUAAUGUUCAGCACGAGGAAGAGCGACCACGUGAGGACUGUUCAGGGGAAACACCCCUGAAGUCGGCCUCCCCUAAACCGGCCUGUGACGGGCUUGGUUGUGAGGACAGAGAGGGAGCUGCAGCGCCGGUCUCUGUCACACUGCAGACCUUUCCCGGAUGGGAGGAAGGUGACCUUGGUGAUGUCUUUCCAUCUCCCUCAUCCUCUCAGGUCGUGGGAAACAGUGGCCAGUCGGUUACUAAAUUUCCUUUAAUUAAAAAUAAAUUAGACUGUGAAAAUAACAAGUCCGAAAUGGAAGAAUCCCUUCAUGAAAGUAAGGAGAGAUCUUCUAAAAAACCAGAAAGUGGAAAGGUAGACGGUACAUACCCGGAAGCCUGUAUGGGUGAAAAGCAAGGAGCCCGGGAGUUCAAGGACCAGAUGCAAAACACUAUGAAACCAAAAUGCAUGGCCUGGCAGUUAGAGAUCAGCCACAUGCCCAAGUCCAGUGAGCCCAAAGGGCUUUCAGACUUCAAAGAAAAGACUCAGGUGAGCGAAUUAAAAGGUUGGGGUGAUUCUACCCUUCGCGACACUUACAAGCAAAGUAAAGGUGCACGGGACUUUACCCAGAAACCACUGCACAGCAACUGCGAAGCCCCGCCGCGCACCGUGGGAACCGCCCGUGCCCGGCCCCCAGGUGGCAGGACCGCAAACGCUUUUGCAGAUGAAGAUCUUCAGGACCGGCUGUCGGACGCUGAGUUCCACGUACUGGAGGAAGAGAUCCUGGCCUGGGAGAAAGUCCACCUCGAGAACGAGAGUGUCUCUGAGGAUCUGCUGAACAAGUGUGAGGGGAUUUCAUCUGAUGCCAUGGGUCCAAAGAGGAUCUAUCUAGAAAACGAAGACCCAGGAGCGUGGGGAGACAGUUUUCCCCAUGUAGGAGAAGGCUUCAUCAAGCCCAAGAUUGCAAAAAGGGAUAAAGUCCUCUCAAAGACAUGCCCCCAAACACAAAACACAUCUGCAGAUCCACCCAGGCCAACCCACCCUCAGUUUCAGAAGGAAAGCAAACACAGCCACCCUCCACCUUUGCAUCUGGAGAAAAUGUCUGAAGACCCCAAAAUAAAUAAGAAAUGUGAUGGAGAGUGUGCACCUGUACAUUCAGAAGUUCCUGCAGUGAGAGCACAUGAGAAAAUGUCUCUCACUCAAGAUCUUACUUCAAAGGUUGAAGAAAUGAGCAAGAAGCAGCCAAGUCUGGAAUUGGGAGUCUCAGAGAACCUGUGUCUUACAGUCACUGACUAUAAUGACAACAGGUUGAUUGUCAAAAGGAAAAGUGGAAGGACCCAGAAGCUGCUUCCUACUGAGGAGAAAGAUGAACUUGCUAAGAGUGUUCCUGACUCUAUAAAAGAAAUAAAGAAAAGUGAGAGGGAGCCGUGGACCCCCAGACAAGCCAUGAUCACAUCAGUGUUUGAGAAGUCCCUUUCAGAAGCUGAUGGCCUGCUGCUGGUGAAGGACAGCCACCAUCUGGGUGAAAUGGGUCAGGAUGAAAAGAGGCUGACACAGAGACAAGCUGAAGAAAAGCACAAGGAUGUCCACUACAGUGUCCCAGUGUCUGCAGCUGGUGACCCUGUGGACGUCCACUGCAGCAUCCCAGCCCCCCGGGAUUAUUCUAGUAGCCUGUUGGAGCUCUGGGACAUGAUUCAUUCAUAUGAAAGACUGACAGAGCUUAAAAAUAGUCACUACGAACUAUUCACAAGGAAACUUGAAAACAUGGAAAAUGAGGCCAGUGGAGCACAGAGAGAACAGACAGAAAUGAAGAAAAUAAAAUCCUGGCUACAGCAUAAAGGAGUGGAAGGGGAAGAACUCCACACCUUGAGUUUACCCUUAAAACAAGAUGAGAAGCAAGAAAAUGCUGAGUCUGUGUUUCAACAGCAAAAGGUGCAGUUAAGCAGGAAAGAGGAGCAAUAUGGUGAAAAUGUGGAGGAUCAACACCCUGAAAUCAGGACAGUGAUUACAGAUGUAAAGACCAUAGAAAAUGAUCUCAGACAGUUGUACAAGUUGAAAGAAAAUUGGGAAUACAAAUAUCUACACAUGGUUGUAAAACUUCAGUUUAUCGAGCAAGAGCUAACAGCAAUAAAAACAGAACAAAAGAAGUGUGGACACCUACUCAUGAACCACAAGGACUUAGAAGAAGUUCUUCACCUCAAAAGCUGGAUGCGAGACAACGUGACCCAAGCAAGAGAUGAAAACAGCACUGAGGAUUUGAGAGACACUAAUGAUGUAACGAUAAGCCAGAUGGAACUCAGAAUUAAAAACUUGGAAUCUCAGCUAGCCACGAGGGGAGCUCAGCAACGUCUCCAUGAAGGAGGAAGGCUGAAAUCCGAGCGAGCACCAUUAUGCAGAAGAGAGUGGCCUGACGCAGCCAUUGAGAAAAGAGCUGAGUGA